AUUCAAAAUUUAUUGUGUAAUUCAAAUUAAAUCGUAAAAUGGAACAUGCGAUUACGCCGGAGCCGCAUUUAGUGCCUGGGUACACGGGUCACUGCGCCCGAGAUCGCAGCAGAGUAGGACGCACGUACGGAAAACAAACCCACAAGCUGCUGAUCGAUCCCUGCAUCUAUCAUGCUCCGGAACUUAUAGUGGCCCCCAUCCAUGUGACGAGAGGUCUUAAGGACUAUCCUACCGAACGAGAGCUGAAGGUGCUGAAAGCCAGAGAGGAUCUAGUGGACUCCAAUUAUAGACAUCCGAUUCUACCGGGUUACGCUGGCUUCGUUCCGAAUAUUCGAAGCCAGAUCGGAAAGCGAUAUGUGGCGGCUGCUUCCGCCGGGGUGGCAAACCAUGAAACCCUAAUGGAGCUCUACCGUUGCGAAAAUCGAACUCUGAGACACAGGGAUCUGCUGGAGAGUGGCAAGGGUCUGUUCGAUCGGAAGAUCAAUGAAAGAUUGCUGCCGCAGGCCAAGUACCGGGCUCCCCUGCUUCCGGUCACUGGUGUUUCCGAGGGCUUAGCUGACGAGUGCUGUCCGCCGAAGACCGAGAAGCUUACAUACAGCAAGUUUACAUCACCUCAUUUCCUAGACGACGAAGAUCCGGACAAGUACAUAAUCAAUGGCUACGCGGGUCACAUACCCAUGUCAGUGACUCGGUUUGGGGAAUCCAACAAGGUGCUCACCAACCGAGCACUAUGCAGCUUCUCCGACUAUAUGUACAAGCGGAAGCGUGACUCCUGGUGCUGCGGCCAGGACCUUAGCCGUCCAGCUAUCACCUGUCCCCCUGUACAACACUUCAUCGUGUAUCAUGAGGAUGACGGCAUGGUUCCCAAUUACGCGGGCCAUGUCCCCGGCGAAAUGUACAAGUUCGGGCGUACAUUCAGUAAAACCACAUACGACGCCAAACGGUGGUUGGAAGUGCACAAGGGUCUCACCGUUCUGCCGGAGGUGGCCAAUUUGGACUACGCCUAUUGAGGGAGCCGGUCAUUCAUAUUCAAAUAGUAACGUUUUUAGCAAGGUGGUGCCACUCUUCGGAAGGAAUAUGAAAAAUUCGCCAUUACAAAGAGAUGGUCACACUGGCGAUUGUUAUGAUAUCGAUACGGCAAAAACAACAACCCUAGCUUUCUGCUUCUACGUCGUUUUGUUGGCUGUUUGGAAAUAAGUUUAAAUUGAUUUUAAGCAUAAAUAAUGUACGAAUUCCCGCCAAUGCCGUGACCCAUUGCAGUGCAGUGCCCCGAGUGCCCGGCAAAAAUGUAAAAAGCGGCCUAUAGCUCAACAGAAGAGGCCACAGUUUCCAAAAACGCUAAGGAAAAAAUCUUUAGAAUCGAAAUCGAACAAUUCAAAUACACACACAUACAUUUGUGUACCUAACCAAGUGGUGAGUUGAAUGCCGAUUUGUGUACCUACCAGGUGGUGAGUUGAAUGCCGAUUAUGCACCCUGCAUCCGUCGCAGCAGCAUAUUUUGAUGGAGAAAAACUAAGAAUCAAUAAAUGGAGUGCAGCGACAAGUGCCUAAAAAAAAUAAUCAUAUCUCGGCAGAUCCCUACAAUCUUGUGAGGGGCCCCCAUGAAGAUAAGGUUCCCCUUAGUGAGAUUUAUGGCGGGAAUUCGAACGGAGACUGCGCACAGGUCACAAACAAGUCGGUGCGACCCCAACUGCGUCCGACUUGUUUAUUGAGAGCGAAGAAACGAAUAAAAAUAAAAACAAAAAAUAUA